AUGAAGUGCUCGUCUUUCUUGUCCUUUUCUCUCUGUUUAUCUCUUUCAUGGGCCCUCACGAAUAUAACGAUCGAUGAUACUGACAUCAGCAUGAUUAACUACCAAGGAACCUGGGAUAAUAGCAGCAGCCAUACGUCCUCGUUGGACUACGGGGGUAGCCAUACAUUGAGCAGUGAAAGCUCAGCUUCUGCUACCUUCACAUUUACAGGUGUCGCUGUAUAUUAUCUUUCCCCUUUGUGGCCGUACUGGGUCAACUCAACGAUUACGAUAGACGGUGGGGAUGAGACUACCCUCAACCUCACGGAUCCCGUCGCUUCAACGACCGAAGCUGGCGGUUCAGAAUCAUCGCCGUAUGCUGUACGGUGGGGCAAGACUGGGCUGUCAAACUCUUCGCAUCAAGUCGUUGUCUCGAUGGCGCCGUCAGGUAACUGGAUAGUCGUGGAUGGAUUUAUUUACACUGUCGAUAACGGUUCCGAGACUGCCACGUCUUCUUCUGCUUCCGCUUCUUCUUCCGCUUCUGCUUCUGCAGCAGCAACCAGUAGCUCUGUCAGUGGCAACAGUUCGGGAACCAAUGUCUUGGGUAUCGCCCUCGGUGCUGCACUUGGUGCCGUCACCCUGUUGGCAGCCAUCGGUAUCUUCUUCUUCUGUUAUCGACGGCGGCAAAACACAUCCAACACUCAGGCUACGCUCGACAAGCCAUGGGAUGAUAUCGGAGCACAAACAUUAUCCACUCCAUUCUCUCCACCCGCACCGUCUUCAGACUUCAGGUACUCGCACGUCUCUACCAGCAGUGUCAGCGGAUUCCUUCCAUCUCUUCCCGUGACAGCGGCGUCUUCCACGUUCCCACUAAUGGCCGCUGCGAAUUCCUCCUACAAAGGACAUGCCGGCAGUGGAUCCGUCUCUAGCGCGGUGGUGCCGUCUUCACAUCCAUUGAUGGUAGCCAAUCCCGGUCAUGAGAGCACCCCUUUCACUCCCUAUCACGAGUCGCUGUAUGCAUCAUCAACGGGCGAUGUCAAUUUUGCAGGAUUAGGCACUGGAAUGGCCACAGAACCUGUUGCCGGUAGCAGUACAAUGUCGAUGUCCUCGUCGCCGUCACAGCGCUACGCAGAUGAGAAGAGAGCGCAGAGCAGGGUCGUUGCGGAAAAGCUGCCUCCACCUGCAUAUUCUGAAAAUUAG